ACCAGCAGAGACAGGAAAACAGCAGCUGUGCACCAUUCUUGGACACAAAGUCCUCAAGAGUCACGAGGUUAGCGCAGGAUCUGUUUUUUCAUGCCUGGUUCUGCUGACUGCAGAGUCACUUAGUCAAUGAUAACAAUCAGAAUAAAAGUCCUCUCCUAAAGUUAGAGUGGUUUAAUGCUAAUCUGUGGCAAGGAAAAGUAAGUCAAAUAUGUCAGAGCAGUAUCUGGAAGAAAACAAAGAUCAGAUAUAUGAAAAUGCCCUUGCUGAGAUCCAGUCCUUUGAGCUGCCUCUUGGAACUACCCUAAGGUCUGUAUAUGAUGACCAGCCAAAUGCACAUCAGAGAUUUAUGGAAAAACUAGACGCCUGCAUACGUAACCAUGACAGGGAGAUAGAAAAGAUGUGCAAUUUUCACCAUCAGGGCUUUGUGGAUGCUAUUACAGAACUUCUUAAAGUUAGGGCUGAUGCAGAAAAAUUAAAGGUCCAAGUUACUGAUACCAACCGAAGGCUUCAGGAUGCUGGGAAAGAGGUGAUAGCCCAAACAGAGGAAAUCAUCCGAUGUAGAGUUCAACAACGGAAUAUUACAACAGUCGUGGAAAAACUACAGUUGUGUCUUCCAGUGCUGGAAAUGUACAGCAAAUUAAAAGAACAGAUGAAUGUAAAAAGGUACUACUCUGCUUUAAAGACAAUGGAACAGCUAGAAAAUCUGUAUCUUCCUAGAGUUAGCCAAUACCGUUUUUGCCAGAUAAUGAUGGAAAAUCUUCCAAAGCUACGUGAAGAAAUAAAAGAAAUUUCUAUGUCAGAUCUCAAGGAUUUCUUAGAGAGUAUUCGAAAGCAUUCUGACAGAAUUGGGGAAACUGCAAUGAAGCAGGCACAACAGCAGAAAACCUUUAGUACCACUCUUCAGAAGCAGAAUAACAUAAACUAUGGUCGGAAUAUGCAUUUAGGUAGAAGCAGAAUUUUGGAAUCCAAGAACGAAAUUACAUUGAAGCGAACAUUUGAAGAAGAUGAUGAACAUGAAGAAGAGGUUUUAACUGCUCAAGAUCUUGUAGACUUUUCUCCAGUCUACAGGUGUUUGCACAUUUACUCUGUUUUGGGUGACGGAGAAAUAUUUGAAAAUUACUACAGAAAGCAAAGAAGGAAACAAGCAAGAUUAGUUCUGCAGCCGCAAUCAAGCAUGCAUGAAACGGUAGAAGGCUAUAGAAGAUACUUCAGCCAGAUUGUAGGUUUCUUUGUAGUAGAAGACCACAUUUUACACGUAACCCAAGGACUGGUAACUAGAACAUACACUGAUGAACUCUGGAACAUGGCCCUUUCAAAGAUCAUUGCUGUUCUUAGAACGCAUUCAUCAUAUUGCAGUGAUCCUGAUCUUGUUCUGGAACUAAAGAAUCUCAUUGUAGUAUUUGCUGAUACUUUGCAGGGCUACGGUUUUCCUGUGAAUCGACUCUUUGAUCUUUUAUUUGAGAUAAGAGACCAGUACAAUGAAACACUUCUUAAAAAGUGGUCUGGAUUGUUCAGGGAUAUUUUUGAAGCAGACAACUACAGCCCUAUUCCUGUAGCAAAUGAAGAGGAAUACAAAAUAGUUAUAAGCAAAUUUCCUUUUCAAGAUCCAGAACUUGAUAAGCAAUCCUUUCCAAAGAAGCUCCCAAUGUCUCAGUCAGUGCCUCAGAUUUAUAUCCAGGUUAAGGAAUUUAUUUAUGCAAGCCUUAAAUUUUCAGAGUCACUUCACCGCAGCUCAACGGAAAUAGAUGAUAUGCUCAGAAAAUCUACAAAUUUGCUGCUAACCAGAACUCUAAGUAGUUGUUUACAGAACCUAAUUAAGAAGCCUCAUAUAGGUUUAACAGAGCUUGUUCAAAUCAUCAUAAACACAACCCACCUGGAACAAGCCUGUAAAUACCUUGAGGAUUUUAUAUCUAACAUUACAAACAUUUCACAAGUGACUGUUCACACUGCAAGACUUUAUGGACUUUCUACAUUUAAGGAUGCAAGGCAUGCUGCAGAAGGAGAAAUAUAUACAAAACUUAACCAAAAAAUAGAUGAAUUUAUUCAGAUUGCUGACUAUGAUUGGACAAUGUCUGAAUCAGAUGGAAGAGCCAGUGGAUACUUAAUGGACCUUAUAAACUUUUUAAGAAGCACAUUUCAAGUUUUUACUCAUUUACCUGUAAAAGGGCAUUGGCAACCUGUUUUGUGUGCUCAUUGUUAUAUUCUGUUGUCUGAUUUCCCCUUGCUUUAAGAUAAAAAAGACAAUUUCUAAUUUGAGUUAUCAUCAUAAUAGUUUAUACCUUUGUAAGUAUGGAGUAACUUCAGUAAGUCUUUUGAGCUGCAUCUGCUUUUCAUCAGCUUGUCCUUGGUUGCUACCGUCACACUUAUGUCUGAUUGCUUUACUCACAUGCAAUGCCUGUCAGGAAUUAGUUCUCAAUGCAUAGAAUGUUUCUAGGCUCCAGACUGGAAGUAAAAGAUAAUUUAUUUACAUGCACAGCAAAGUUUGAAGUUGCUGGCAUAGCGGGCUUCUCAGGUCUUCUAAAUCAUGUUAAGUGGUUGUGACUCUUCAGUUUAUUUUUUUAAUAACUCAAAAUGUAUCACAUAAUGUUUAUGUGAAUGGAAGUAUGAGACGUGCUUCCGUGCCAAGUAAGUCAAGCAAUUUUUUAAUAAAGAAUAGCAUGUUUGUUAGUUAAUUUCACUGUCACUUUUUGUCACUCUUUGAACAAAUGGCACCACUCCUCAAUGGCCAUGUGCAUAUAGCAGCUGUGAGCAAUGGUGUACAGCUUCUAGAGAAAGAUGUAAUGAAGUUAAUCAUGAGUGUAUGUUGUGAUAUACCUGUUCUAAAAUGGGGCACAGACAGAAACUUAAAUAAUGUUCUUUUAUAAGCUGAAAUGAAAAUGUGGUUUCCUUGAAUGAGAUAGUUUGUUAGGAGGGUUGUAAAGAUGCUGCUAUGGCAUUAGGACUUGAAAAGCAUGAAGGGAAUAUAAAUAAGCACCUGGGGGCACAAGCCAAACUUUGGAGAAAACUAGUUCCUAUGAGGAGGUUAUUCUGUAAUUUCAAACUCUGGCCAGGUUACAGGCUGGGGCUGUAAGAUUGACUAGUCUGCUCUGGCGAGAGGGUUCUUCUAAUUUGACUUAUCCUGUGCAUCACUUACUGUUCUGGCUUGGCAGAUUGUAGAAAUAUACAGUCCUAUAAAUGUUGUUGUUCAUGAGCUGUGAAGAUUAUAUGAAAAUGUGUAUAUAGUUUAAUUUUGGUGAUUCUGGUUAGAUACAUAGUAGUAAGUUAUUUUCAUUAAGAAAAAAAAAUCUACAGUAAAGGUAUUUUCUAUGGCAAGCUCAGAAGUAAGUUCCAUAACUCAGUAAAACAGUAAGUGCUGUGGAGUCGUAGGCAAAACUAGAUUAGCAUAUGGCACAGUUAAAAUUUAGAAUAAUUUUAGUAUUCAUUUUCAUUAACAGAAUAAGAAUGUCACAGUGUUAUUUCUAUAACAAUUUUUGUAUUGCUGGCAGAAACAUCCUACUCUGCAAAAUAGUUCUUCAGAACCAUGCCUGUAAUCAGAAAUCAAAGAACAAAAGUUCUGACCACUGGUUGUAAUUUUACGAAGGAAAAGAGUGGGACAAGUAGAGGAAUCUCUUCUCUUACUACCAUAGUGGAUCCAAUUGUGCUAUAGUGCUAGGGCUUGGGGCACUACUUCGCUGCAUUCAUUCUCCAUAGUCUCAUUCAAGGGUCACUGACUCUCUUUGAUACUGUUUCAAAAUCUAGUCUUCUGGUAAAAGUGUUAUGCUAUGUUCUUUAACAAUUUUUUGGCUGUUGUCGGAUUCCUGCCAUUAGAGUCCUGUCUUGUUUUAGAUGUAUGUGUAAGCUGUGUAAACAUAUGGGGACAUGUCUCCUUUCGUGCUCCCACAUGGGCCUAUACAGAAUUAUUUCUGUAGAAAUGUAGACACAUGGAAUUGCUAGAAACAUCUUACAUCUCUGAAUGUUUUUUCUCUCAAGUUUUAUAUCAUAGUAUUCUUCUCUGUAUUUAUGCACUGUGCUUUAGUGUCAGUUUGGGGAAAGAAAAUAUAUUUAUUUCAUCUUCCAGUUAUAGUACCUUUAGCUUUGUGUUAAAAAGUAUUAAUGCAUUGUGUUACAUUUAGAUUAGUACUGUCCUAAGCCAUUCUAAACUUCGUGUGAAUUAAGUUAAUAAUGUACAGAUAGCCUCUAUAGGCCAAGACAGUAAGCAUGGCAUUUAUUUUGGAAUCGAUUGUUUGUUAUAAUGAAAACUUUCUGGAAAGGCAUAUCAACAGAUGUUUCCUAAUUUGAAGGAUUGCUAAUUUGAUAUUUUGGCAUACUUGUCCUUAUUACAGAAAAACAUUUUAUUAUUGAAUUAGUAUUACUUCAGUUAUAAUCUCUUAGUUGGGCCUUGACAAAAUACUAUAAAAGUUCACAGGUUUUUUUCCUUUUUUUAAAAAAAGAAGGAAUUAUGUAGAUAUAAUUGUUAUUUUUUGAAACUCUUCCUUGCCUUUUAUUGCUACCAAUUUUUUAUUCUUUUUUUUUUUUUUUGAUGUUGACAGUACAUCUUAAUUUUUUUGUUUUGAUUGCCUUACUGGUUUCCUUCUCAGAAUAACAACAAUGACCAUGCAGCUAUGUCG